AUGAACUGUCGAAGCUCGCCUUCUUGCUCGCUGCCAAGGGCGCCGUCAAAGAGGGUGAGCGGCAUAUCAAUGCCACCGUUGGGGGUCAGGGAUGCCAAAAAUGAACUGUCGAAGCUCGCCUUCUUGCUCGCUGCCAAGGGCGCCAUCAAAGAGGGUGAGCGAGGAGUAACGCCACCGUCGGUGGUCAGGGUGCCAAAAAAUGGAUUGUCGAAGCAGGGCAGGGCUUCCUUCUCGCCGCUAGGGCUGUCGUCAAAGAGGGUGAGCGGCGGAUUAUCGCCACCAUUGGUGGUCAGAGGUGCCACAAAAUGGAUUAAAACCGUUGGACGGCACCCUGGGUGUCCAGCGUACUGGUCUUCUUCGUCGCUGCCAAGGGCGACGUCUAAGAAGGUGAGUGGUAUAUCAAUGCCACCGUUGGGUAACAGGGGUGUCAAAAAAUGGAUUGUCGAAGCAGGUCUUCCUCCUCGCCGC